GUUGUUUGAUUGCCCCACUCCAAGCCCUUACCAAGCCAGCGUCCCUGGGACGUUUAUACAUGCCUCAGCAGGCGUCAGCGAUGGAGCUUCCUCUUGCGUCUCCCGCCCGCUGCGAGUUGCGCGCUGUUAUUCGUUUCCUGGCCGCUAAGAAGAUUUCAGCAAAGGAAAUUCACGAAGAACUUUGUCAAGUGUAUGGAGAAGAGUGUAUGAGCUCCGGAAUGGUGCGCAGAUGGGUCAGGGACUUUAAAAAUGGCCGAACUGACGUCCACGACGACGCCCGUGCAGGGCGGCCAUCGGUUUCUGACGAAACAAUUGCCAAAGUUGAAGCGGCAAUGCUUUAAGAUCGGCGGAUUACAGUUCGAGAGCUGUGUAAAAAAAUUCCUGAGUGCGUGGGAAGAGGGCAGCCCGCACCCGAGGGCGCCCCUGACGACGCUGCUGGCGGCGGCGGCGUCUCUGCAGCGUCCUGCUCCCAGCACCGCACCAACAGGCCUGCGUCUCUGCAGCGUCCUGCUCCCAGCACCGCACCAACAGGCUUGCGUCUCUGCAGCAUGCUGCUCCCAGCACCGCACCAACAGGCUUGCGUCUCUGCAGCGUCCUGCUCCCAGCACCGCACCAACAGGCCUGCGUCUCUGCAGCGUCCUGCUCCCAGCACCGCGCCAACAGGCCUGCGUCUCUGCAGCGUCCUGCUCCCAGCACCGCACCAACAGGCUUGCGGGUUCCCAGGGUGGAUUUGUUGAGGCCGAAGCUGCAGCCCAACCGCAGCAGCGCCUCCCAGAUGAGCAGGCGACCGCAAAGCCACACUCAUGCUCGGACUGUGCAUUUGGCUGCAGUUCAGAGCAGCAACUUCAACGACAUUUGCAUGCGGAAUAUUCCAAAGAAUUGUCAGACCGAUGCUCUAAAUAUGUACAUAGUUGUUCCAGUAAACAAAACCACGAAUGCAAUAUUCCAUCGAAGCAUUCGUCUGUAAAGCCUCCAAGUUGCGCGGAACGUGAAUAUUCAUGUGCCAUUAAACACGAUUUGAAAUCACAUAAACCGCGCAAGCUUUUAUCUCAUAAACCUUUUAGAUGCUCUAAAUGUGAAUAUACUUGCUCCAGGAAAUAUUAUCUAAAAUGCCAUGUACUUUACAGACAUUCAUCGCAGAAACCUCUUAGGUGCUCUAAAUGUGAUUAUUCUUGUGUCUAUAGAAGCAACUUAAGAGCGCAUUUACUACGCAAGCAUUCAUCUCAGACGCCUUUGAGGUGCUCAGAAUGUGAAUAUUCUUGUGUUUUUAAAAGCGAUUUAAAGUUUCAUAUAUUGGGAACGCAUUCAUCUGUGAAGCCUCUCAGAUGCUCGGAAUGUCAAUAUUCAUGUGUCAAAAAGAGUGAUCUGCGAAGGCAUGUUCUAUACAAGCAUUCAACUAACAAACCUUUUAGCUGCACGGAAUGUGAAUAUUCGUGCGUCACUAAAACGGUUCUAGGAAAGCAUGUUCUAUCCAAGCAUUCGUCUGAAAAACCUUUUAGCUGCACGGAAUGUGAAUAUUCUUCUGUCAGUAAGAGUAAUCUGAAUAGACACGUUCUAUCCAAGCAUUCGUCUGAAAAACCUUUUAGCUGCACGGAAUGUGAAUAUUCGUGCGUCACUAAAAGUGAUCUACAAAGCCAUGUUCUAUACAAGCAUUCAUCUGACAAACCUUUUAGCUGCACGGAAUGUGAAUAUUCGUGCGUCACUAAAAACUCCCAGCACCGCACCAACAGGCUUGCGGGUUCCCAGGGUGGAUUUGUUGAGGCCGAAGCUGCAGGCCAACCGCAGCAGCGCCGUGCAGAUGAGCAGGCAGAGCAGCCAAUGGGAGGGCAGCGUGGGCGCCGUGGCGCUGCUUCAUCCAACAAAGCAGCCAAUGGGAGGGCAGCACGGGCGCCGUGGCGCUGCUUCAUCCAACAGAGCAGCCAAUGGGAGGGCAGCGCGGGCGCCGUGGCGCUGCUUCAUCCAACAGAGCAGCCGAUGGAAGGGCAGCGCGGGCGCCGUGGCGCUGCUUCAUCCAACAGAGCAGCCGAUGGGAGGGCAGCGCGGGCGCCGUGGCGCUGCUUCAUACAAUCAAUUGGAUUUAGUCAGGCGCUGGCAGAUGAGGAUGCGGUGUCCUAG